AUGCAGGCAGAACAAUCCAGGCAUCAAUUUCCAUGUCAAUGUACAGCCGAAGAGAGUCGUAUGAAUAUGGCUAUCGGAGAAGCCCAUACGAUCGAGGCGAAGACCAAUGCGCUUGAGCAAUCUGACAAUAUGACUGAUGCUAUUAUAACAGAAGAUAUACGAUCAAGUUCAAGGUUGAUUCAAGGAUCAUUUCGUCACGGAAGGGCCAGAGGGGGGACGUAUGAUGUUGCGGUUUUACAAUCUAUAGAUGAACAGCCCACAACAUCGACGGUCAGGCGACGAAAAAAUAAAUCGAACCGUAGCGAGAUAGCAUUUGUGGAACAAAACUUAGAUAAAACCCGUCAUGUUAUAAAAUCUGUGGGAAAAAAAUCGGGUGAAAAGAUGACAUCAAAUAGAUUUGACCCUCUACCAAACAGGUUCAACCCUUUAUCGGUUGAAGAGGCAGCCAUUGUAAAACCAGACGAAACAAAUGCUUGUACAGUCAUGAACGAGCAUCUGAUAUGUGCAGUUUGCUUGGAUUAUUUUUACAAGCCCUACCGAUGCCCUUGUACGCACAUAUUCUGUGAGUCGUGUUUACGUCAGUUGUACCAUAACCGCGCUGGAACAUUAAAAUGUCCCAUCUGCCGAAAUCCGGUUAAGUACAUUGAAGAAGCCGAUGAGGUUAGAGAAGAGGUACGGCAGCUUCAAAAUCCUGCAAUUAAACAAAGAGAAGAGUUUGAAAGGACAGCGAAAUACAGGAUGUGGCCUUUGCCUCCAAUCGGCCCUUUGCCAUUUUUAAGAAAACGACAAACUUUGUUGCCAAAACGGGACCAAAAUAUUCUUAUCUUAGCCACUAUAUUAUUGUUGGUUGUGUGUUCUACAAUCUUGUAUAUAUUGUCAUGA